GAGUCUGCUCGUUGUUGUUGCAGUGGAAGCAGCAGUAGGGUGUGGAUUCCUAUUACUCAUACCCCGCAGGGAGGCGUUAAAUUGGACAUUUCACCUCAAUCUCAGUCAUCCGCUGGAUGAAGCUUUGAUUUAGUGGCAGACUAACUAAUUUAGAAACAUGUUGGCACUAGUAAAUAGAAUCUUGGACUGGUUCAAGAGUUUGUUUUGGAAAGAAGAAAUGGAACUGACACUUGUCGGUUUACAAUGUUCGGGUAAAACAACGUUCGUUAAUGUUAUUGCGUCGGGGCAGUUUAACCAAGAUAUGAUUCCAACUGUUGGCUUUAAUAUGCGAAAAAUAACUAAGGGCAAUGUCACCAUCAAAGUUUGGGACAUAGGAGGUCAACCUCGUUUCCGAUCGAUGUGGGAGCGUUAUUGCCGAGGAGUAAACGCUAUAGUAUAUAUGGUUGAUGCUGCUGAUCCUGAUAAAAUUGAGGCCUCAAGAAAUGAGCUUCAUAAUUUAUUGGACAAACCCCAGCUCAUGGGUAUACCUGUUUUAGUGUUGGGAAACAAGCGAGAUCUUCCAACAUGUUUGGAUGAGAAAGAGCUUAUUGACCGAAUGAAUCUAUGUGCAAUUCAAGACCGAGAAAUAUGCUGUUACUCCAUUUCGUGUAAAGAGAAAGAUAACAUUGACAUCACACUCCAGUGGCUCAUUGCCCACUCAAAAUCUGGGGGACAUUAGGCAACAAAUGUGAAACUUGUCGAUUGAAUAUGAUAAGUGUGUAAAAACUUGAGCUGAUCCCGGCCCCUGGCCACUUUGCACAGCUGUUACAACAUUAAGUUGCAUGGCAUUUAGUUUUUCACACAUCUUAAGUAUUACAAGACUGUUAGAUAGUUGAAUGUAUUUGUUAUCAACGUCUCCUCCAAUGACUAAAUGUAAGUGCAUUCAAAGAUUGUUUCUAUUGCUUAGUAUUAAGUUUCCCUUUUAAGUUGCAUUUUAUGAAUUUUCAUUAUCUUUGGAAGUUCUCUGUGGUUAUUUGAUUUUUGUGUACUUUCUUAUAUCUUUAGAAAAUAUAUUAUGUGAUUUUAUAAAUUCAUUAACUGUUUAAAUUUGGUGGUAUAAGCCAUUUUGCAAGUUCUCUUGUCUAUGCAUUGGUGUAACUUGAGAGGGAUCAGCUUUAGUUUUCAUGUAUGUACUGUAUAUCAUGACUCAUUUUAAUUUUCAUUUGGUUGUUACACUAAACUGUCUGGCGUUCUCAAUGUGGAAAAAAUAUUUUAGAGUUCUAGCUGUGGAGAACUUAAAUAAUGCCUUCUCUUGCAUUAGAGUUUCAAAUUUCUGUGUGAGAUUUAUAGCAGGCAAGACAUUUUAGUGAUCAUUGACUAAAUUUUAAAUUUUCUAUCAGCACGCACUUGUUGAGUGUACAGGGAUAAUUUAGUAUAGUUGAAGAAUCAGAAAAUUGUUGUAAUAAAUAUUCACCUCAGGUAGUAUUGUGUAUGUUUGCUGUAGAAGUGAUGUGUAAACCAAGGAGCUGUUAUUUGUUUCUAAUGUUCUCUAUAUCAAUGCAAAAUUCUUGCCUUUUAUCUUGCAACGUUAUAUUUUUGCUACAGUAACAUAUUGUAACCAAAAUUAGGAUAGCACAGGAAAGACUAAACUGCUUUUAGUAAUUCUUGUGAACAUUGAGACGAAGAACAGCUGUACUGUUGGGAUGUGCUAAAGUGCAAUGCUUUCAUUCCACAAGCCCAUUCAGGCUGCUGGCGUGCUAUGGUGAUAGAUUUCUUACAGCUGGGUCCAAGUAGAGAAACAUUAUGGACUAUCCACUAGAUUGGUAAUAUGAAGCUUCCAUCUGUUUCACGUGUUGUAGGUGAUGGAAGUUCCAUAACUGCCUUAUUUGGAACCAAUAGUUCAGCGGAUGUUAAGGUGUUUGGUUUUGCAUCCUUUUUUUUUUCCUUUUUAACAGAAAAAAAAAAUGCUAUCCAUCUUUGAAGUUAUUUCUUUUAAAUUUUAUUAUAGUAGUUAAUUCUUAGUUAAUCUUAUCUCUUUGGGUUGUCAAUGAUGACUUCUUUCGAGCUCUGUAAGCAAUACGAAUGAACUAUAUGGAUUUGUGUUGCCAUGUGAGGAGACAAUUUUGCAUUGCAAAUUCAAUGGCUUGUACGUGUAGAAUGUCAUUGUUUUAUUUAUUUAUGGUUUUGAUUUGACAUUGUGAUAGCAUAACAGAAAGUCUGUGUGCAAUUUAGUGAUGAUUUCAUAGCAAACUGCUCUCUGGCGAUUGCCCUGUCUAGCUGGGCAUUCAAAAUUUUUGUGUAAUUCAGUGAUCAUAAUUUGUUUUGAUUGUUUACACUUUCAACAAAAAAAAACUGUCUUUAGUAAAAAAAAUUAUAAUAUCAAAAUUGUAAUCUCUUGAAGUUUGCUGGUGUUAUUGUUGACUUGUCACUGGUUUCCUUUAUAGGUAGCUGUAAAAUGUUGAGCUUGCUGAUAUAUUAAUAGCUUAUGUAAAAUAUAUUAUACCCUAGUACAUCAAGCAAACACUGCUCCUGAAUUUUACAUAACUUCCAAGAUGUUUGGUUUUUAUGAAACUGGUAACAGACACACCACUGUACUUUUUAAAAACAUGAACAGGUUUGCAAAGUUGUGUCUUUUCAGUAGUUUUACUAUGUUGAAGGGAGUCUCAUUAGGAUUUUGAAUCUGUUUUGUUGCAAGUUCGAGUAUCACUGAAUGGAUUGUUACUUUGCCUAAUCAAAUUGAAGUGUUGAUCACCUUUCUCUUCCAUGUGAUCUCUAUCUAUAACACAUUAAUAGAAAUCUGUGAGGUUGAAUCAGAUUUCACUAAAUUUUAAAACCUAAUACACACGUCAGUUAUCCUUGAUAUGUAUAGAACUUUUAUAGGUCUCGUGUGCAAGGUUGAUGGAUGCAGAUUAUACAAAUAUGUUAUGUAUAUAUAGAAUGAAAUGUCAUAAAUCAGUUGUAUGAAAUAAUUGUUCUAGUCUAUGCAGCAACCCCCUUUUCCUUCUAAUGUCUUUUGGGAAUAAUACAUUCUAUUCAUAGUGAGUAAA